UUUUUCUUUCUUAUAACUCUGCUUUUUGAAGGGUUCGUUGCAGAUUUUGGGAUUUGGAAGCUCUCCAUUUAAGAUAGGAGGAGAUCGACAGGACUGCAGAUAUAUCCAAUGCUUAGUCCGACACGCUAAUGUUGGCAGUAUGGGAAAGAAGGGAAGUUGGUUUUAUGCAAUUAAAAGAUUUUUCUUACCAUGCUCCAAUGAAAAGCUAAAUAAUGAAUUAGAUAAAAGAAGUAAUAAAGAAAAGAAGAAAGGCCUUGGAAAAUUAAGGCAUGGAGAAACCAACUCCUUCCUUUCACUAUUCAGAGAGCCCAGCAGUAUCGAGAAAAUCCUGGGGGAGGCUGAACGAGAGCAUAACCUGAUAUUCAGGCCUCCCUCACCUCCAGAGCAGCCAAUAACACAACCCAUUGUGCCUCAUAAACCUACGUCUCCACAGGUUCAUUCUUCGAGGGUUGCCUCUCCUAGGGUCACUUCUCCAAGGGCUGCUUCUUCAAAAUCUGCUUCGCCUCCAGGAACUGCUUCUCCAUAUCCACCCCAUCCUCCACCCCUGCAAGCUGCUUCUCCACAUGUUGCUUCUCCGAGAGGUGCUACUCCAAAAGCUCCUCCUAGGAUUGUUCGUCCUCGACCAGAACCAACUUUAAUGAACCAGCACGCUUCAGCAACCCAAAUUCAAGCAGCCUAUAGAGGUUAUAAGGCAAGGAGAAGUUUUAGAUCUUUGAAAGGCCUAGUGAGGCUUCAAGGAGUUGUGAGAGGUCAGAAUGCAAGACGCCAAACUACAAAUGCCAUGAAACACAUGCAGCUUUUGGUGAGAGUUCAGUCUCAGAUUCAGUCACGGAGGAUCCAGUUGUUCGAAAACCAAGCACAGAAUCAGUUUAAGAACAAUAAGGAAGCAGAGAGUACCUUGGGCAAAUGGAUAAGCCAGGCAUCCAAGGCAGACAACGAAAACUGGGACGAUAGCAUUAUAACAAAAGAAGAAAGAGAAGCAAGAAAACAGAGGAAGGAGGAAGCAGCCAUCAAGAGAAAAAGGGCCAUGGCGUAUGCAUAUUCUAACCAGCUAUGGAAAGUUACUCCGGAAUCAGCUUACUCUGGUGUUUCAAGCCUGCCCAGCGGGUUUCCAUGGUGGUGGAACCGGUUAGAUCGUCAUCUACCUCUACGCAAUGCUCCUAAAAGCCAAGGUACGAAGAGUUACCAAUUAACACCAACAAGGAAAAAUUCCGAAUUGAAGCCUAGCUCAAGGCCACAGUCAAGCAGCAAUAAACAAAAGCAGUUCAGCGAUGACAACUUCAUCGAAACUCCCACACCAAAAUCCACAAGGUCAACCAUUCUCCCCGCAACAAGACGGACGCAAACACCUUUGAGUUCUAGUAAAAGCCAGUAUCCAAGAUCAAGGACAAGCAAAGUUGGUUCACCAUUCAGCACAAACAUUAAGGAUGACGACAGCCUUAUCAGCUGCCCACCAUUUUCGGUUCCGAACUACAUGAAUCCAACAGUUUCAACAAAAGCCAAAGCAAGAGCUAGCAGUAAUCCAAAAGAGAGGUACGUCAGUACUCCCCGAAGCGAGUCAAACCGGAGGCUUUCAUACCCAUUCACACAAGGAGUUGGAUCAUUCAGGUCAAUCAAAGGGUCUGUUAACGACACGAGUGUUGAUUCAACACUUUCUACACCCACCAAUGCCACUGAUAGAAAGCCAUUUAACAAAUUUGUGUGAUUUUUUUCUCAUUUUCAAGUCCAAUUCCUUAACCUUUGAUUACUUGUUAUUAUGGUGUUCAUCAAAU